AUGAAGCUGUCUAUAGCUCUUUUGAGCGUGGUGGCUCUCGUGGCCGUCAGCGGCCUGCCACAACCCAGGCCCGGUUUCGAAGAAGUUGAAGAGUACUCCAGCUCCUCCAAGAAGGCAGCUGCCAGUGCAUCCAGCAGCUCGGACGAGAGUUCCUCCAGCAUCAUCAAGAAAGCUGGUGGGAAUACCAUCAUAGAGAAGAAGCAAAGCCAACAAGCGCAGGCACAAGCUAGUGCUAGCCAAAAAGAUGAAGCUAGCCACAGCAUUGUCAAAAGCCGCGUACGUAACAUUAAAUAUCAUUUCAAAGGUAUUAAAUAUGCAUUAAAAAAAAUAUGGUGUAUUUUAAACAUGUCAGAAAAUGCGCUUGCCAAGCUCUCUGAAGAGCUCACGUGCCUCCCGUACCCAAGGCCCGGCUGUCUCGAGGGCGACGGGCACGAAGUGUUUUUAAUUGUUGUUGUUGUCCUAAGACACCCCAGAGGACACGUCACCGAACAGGAAUCGAACCACCAGGCCAGCUCUGCGCAGCAACAACAGUCGACUUCCUCACGUGCCAAUAGUCAGCAACAGAUUAUCAUCGGCAGGGGAGGGUUUGUGAGCAAAAAGUCGGAGAAAAGUGCAAAGCAAGACGCCUCCGAAAGUGCGUCUGCUGACUCUAGCCGGUCCUCAAAGAAGAGCACCCGCUACGGUGUCGAAGAAAGCGACGAACGCCAGUCUGCCAAAUCAGCCAAGCAGAGCCACGCCGAGCAAAAUGAGCGUGACGAACUCCUCAUCCGAGGAGGCACCCGUGUGCAAAACAGCUCCAAGAGCUCUAAGAAGGCGCAGUCAGCCCAGCAAUCGGCCAGCGAACAGAAGAGCUACAGCUCCAAGAAAUCCAACAGCAGACAAGCCAGCGCAAGAGAGAGCAGCGAACAGAGAGAGAGAAGGGAAAAGCGCGAGCGCAACUCUAAGCAAACCGAGGAAAGGAGACGCAGGAAGUCAAGCAGCUCUAAAUCUAGCUCCAAAUCUGAGAGCGGAGAGUCCAGUCAUAAGAGAAUCUCUAAGUCUUCUCAGAAAAAACGCGGUGGCACUUCCAAGGAAAUCGAGGAAAGGAGACGCAGGAAGUCAAGCAGCUCUAAAUCUAGCUCCGAAUCUGAGAACGAAGAGUCCAGUCGUAAGAGAAUCUCUAAGUCUUCUCAGAAAAAACACGGUGGCACCUCCAAGGAAAUUGAGGAAAGGAGACGCAGGAAGUCAAGCAGCUCUAAAUCUAGCUCCGAAUCUGAGAGCGAAGUCUCCAGGCGUCGUAAAAUUAAGUCUUCUAAGGAAAGGCGCGGGCGCACCUCCGAGGAAAGCGAGGAGGAACAGAGACGCAAGAGGGCAAGCAGAAAAUCUAGCUCCGAAUCUGAGAGCGACGAGUCCAGGCGUAAGAGAAUCUCUAAGUCUUCUCAGAAAAAACACGGUGGCACCUCCAAGGAAAUCGAGGAAAGGAGACGCAGGAAGUCAAGCAGCUCUAAAUCUAGCUCCGAAUCUGAGAGCGAAGUCUCCAGACGUCGUAAAAUUAAGUCUUCUAAGGAAAGGCGCGGGCGCACCUCCGAGGAAAGCGAGGAGGAAGAGAGACGCAAGAGGGCAAGCAGAAAAUCUAGCUCCGAAUCUGAGAGCGAAGAGUCCAGUCGUAAGAGAAUCUCUAAGUCUUCUCAGAAGAAACACGGUGACACCUCCAAGGAAAUCGAGGAAAGGAGACGCAGGAAGUCAAGCAGCUCUAAAUCUAGCUCCGAAUCUGAGAGCGAAGAGUCCAAGCUUCGGAGAAUCUCUAAGUCGAAGUCUAAGUCCAAGUCUUCUGAGGAAACUGAGGAGCAGCGCAGACGCAGAAAGAGCUCUUCAAGUAAGAAGUCUGAAGAAAGCGAAGAAGAAUACAGACGCCGUGUGAAGAAGGGUGGCAAGGACGAUGAUUGUGAUGAGGGCCACGGAGGUCCGGGCAGACCAGGACACCCAGGACAUGGAGGAAAACCAGGCACCCCAGGUCAUUCAGGACAUGGAGGAAAACCAGGCACCCCAGGUCAUCCAGGACAUGGAGGAAAACCAGGCACCCCAGGUAAACCAGGAGCUUGCGUUGAUGGUGACGGACCGGCGCAGACGCAACGCAACGAACGCAAGCAGCGCAAGCUCCUGAUGAAGCUCCUCGGUACGGAGUGA